AUGCUGCGUCUCUUGACUCGUCCCAUCCGUCCCGCCGCCCUCGCCCCCACCCCCAUUGUCCGCAGAACAAUGGCCUCCACUCUCGAAUUUAACAGGGCGCUGUACGCCCCGCUUGCCGAAGUCGACCCGGAGGUGAAGAACAUCAUCGACAAGGAGGCAUGGAGGCAGUUUUCGGGUUUGGAGCUCAUUGCCUCGGAGAACCUGACGAGCCAAGCCGUCAUGGAGGCAAACGGCUCCAUCCUGACGAACAAGUACUCGGAGGGUCUCCCGGGGGCACGGUACUACGGUGGUAACGAGUGGAUCGACGAACUCGAGGUGCUCUGUAGGAAGCGCGCACUCGAGGCGUUCCACCUCGACCCCGCCAAGUGGGGUGUCAACGUCCAGCCGUACUCAGGCAGUGUAUGUGCUCCCUUCGCCGCCCUAACUGCACUCCUCCAGCCGCAGGAUAGGUUGAUGGGUCUCGGGCUUCCGGAUGGCGGUCACCUGACGCACGGCUAUUACACCGCAAAGAAGAAGAUGACGGCGUCGUCCAUUUACUUCCAGUCGUUCCCGUACGGGCUCGACUCAACGACGCAGCUCAUCGACUACAAGCAGCUCGCGUCGCAGGCGAAGAUCUUCAAGCCGCAGCUCGUCAUCUGCGGUGCUUCUGCUUACCCGCGGGACUGGGACUACGCGGCGCUCCGUGCCGUCGCAGACGAGCACGGCGCCUUCCUGAUGGCGGACAUCGCGCACACGAGCGGUCUCGUUGCGGCCGGGGAGCUCGCGGACCCGUUUCAGUACUGUGACGUUGUCACGACCACGACGCACAAGACCCUCCGUGGCCCCCGUGCGGGUCUGAUCUUCUUCCGGAAGGACUCCGAGAAGGCGAAGGAUCUCGAGAAGCGCGUGAACGAUGCCGUGUUCCCUGCCUGCCAGGGUGGCCCGCACAACAACACCAUCGCUGGUAUCGCCACCGCUCUUAAGCAGGCCUGCUCGCCUACCUGGAAGGCUUACGCGAAGCAAGUCAUUGCGAACGCGAAGACGCUUGGUGACGAGCUUGUGGGCAACGGCUACAAGCUCCAGACGAAGGGCACGGACAACCACCUCGUCCUCUGGGACCUGCGCCCGCUUGGUCUCACUGGGAGCAAGCUGGAGAAGCUGUGUGACCUCGUUGGGAUCACCAUCAACAAGAACGCCGUCUCAGGUGACGCAUCUGCGCAGACACCAGGCGGUAUCCGGCUGGGCACGUCGGCGCUCACGUCGCGCGACAUGGUCGAGGGCGACAUGAAGGUCGUCGCGGGAUUCCUGAACCGGGCGGUCCAGCUCGCGCUUGUGCUUCAGAAGGAGGCGGGCAGCAAGCUUCUGAAGGACUUUGUUCGCGUCGCGGUGACUGAGGAGGAGGGCAAGGAGGGCGCGAAAGGCGUGAAGGCGCUCCGCAGAGAUGUCCGCGAGUUCGCGAGGCGGUGGCCGCUGCCCGGUGUGGACGUAAGCACCAUCCAGCGGCCGCAGGGCAUCGAGGAGGAUGAUUGA